UUCUACCAAACCUGAGAAAAUAGUACGAAAAUUAAAGAAACUAUCUUCCACAGAAAUUACAACUAAGCAGAAGCCAUCAUCAUAAGCUAUUCUACUUGCAAACCAGAAAAAGUUAGUAGUACUUAAUUAAUUAGAAAACCAGUGCCAUUAGACAAGGAUCUAAGCAUAAUCCUAAAAUAUUCUUUCACUCAAUUGUAAGGGACCCCACUAAAAAUGGUGGGUUUGACAAGUAGUUGCAGGUGUGCUAGUCCCUUUUCUCCCAUUUUUCUCUUAUAUUUUCAGUGAUUUCUCUCUUUUCAAGUUUCAAAAGCAACCCCUUUUCUCUCUUUAUUCAAUUAUAAACCAUAUAUUAUAUUAUGUUCCUUUUUUGAAGUUUGUAUUGAUGAUUACAACUGUUACCUGCCCAGUUUCUCCAAAGCCCAGUUCUUGUAGUGGUAAUUUUAUGCCCUUUCUUUGUUAUUUUAUGAAUAAAAAUUCAAUCUUGAUACCUUUAGUUAGUAAAGGUUCAUUUAAUCAUUUUUUAUCACUGACUUAGCUCAAGUACUUACUAUCUUGAUACCCCACAAGUUGAACCUCAACAAGAAAUGACCCCCAUUUGCAGAAACAGUGUUAGGAUUCAUUUUAUUAGAAGUAAUUGUCAUUCUUGAACUGUUAGAAGAUGACUGUAUGGUAGGCACCAAUGUCAUUUGCCUGUUGUGUUCCAGUUAUUGAAUGUGUAUACUGUUUAGCUUGCGUUCGUUGGGUGUGGAAGAAGUUCCUUUAUACCGCUGGCCGUGAGAGUGAAAAUUGGGGACUUGCUAUUGCUAGUGAGUUUGAGCCAGUGCCACGGUUUUGUCGAUAUAUUAUAGCUGUAUAUGAGGAUGAUAUUAGAAACCCCAUAUGGACUCCCCCUGGAGGGUAUGGUAUUGAUCCUGAUUGGGUUAUUGUAAAGAAAAAUCAUGAAGAUACUCAAGGGAGGGUAUCUCCUUAUUUGAUCUAUGUUGAUCAUGAGAAUGCCGAUAUAGUUGUAGCAAUUAGGGGUCUUAAUUUGGCUAAGGAAAGUGAUUUUUUGGUCCUACUUGAUGAUAAACUCGGGCAAGCUGAAUUUGAUGGGGGUUAUGUUCAUAAUGGUUUGUUGAAGGCAGCUCAAUGGGUUUGGGAAGCAGAAUCACAAAUUUUAAGGGAAUUAGUGGAGAGGUAUCCGGAUUAUAUCUUGACAUUUGCUGGCCAUUCUUUAGGGGCGGGGGUGGUGACACUAUUGACAAUGUUGGCUGUGAAGAACAGAGAAAAGUUGGGGUUCUUAGAGAGAAAAAGGAUCAGAUGCUUUGCAAUUGCUCCUGCAAGGUGUGUCUCGCUGAAUUUGGCUGUGAGAUAUGCGGAUAUCAUAAAUUCUAUUGUGCUUCAGGACGAUUUCUUACCUCGGACUACUGUAGCAUUGGAACAUGCUUUCAAGUCACUUUUCUGUUUCCCGUGCUUGAUGUGCAUAAUGUGCCUGAAGGAUACAUUCACCCUGGAGGAGAAAAUGCUAAAAGAUCCAAGACGCCUUUAUGCUCCUGGUCGUCUUUAUCACAUUAUUGUCAGGAAGCCCUUCAGCUUUGCUAAUAUUAGACCCAUUGUGAGGACUGCUAUACCUGUUGAUGGACGGUUUGAGCACAUAGUUCUCUCUUGCAACAUGACAUCUGAUCAUGCCAUUAUUCGGAUAUUGACAGAAUCACAAAGAACAAUUGAUUCGAUGUUGGAGAGGCAUCAAAUUGCAGAAUCUAUGAAUUUCCCUGUGCAGCAGAGAAUGGAGCGACAGGCAUCUCUCGCUAAGGAACACAUGGAGGAACACAAGGCUGCAUUGCAGAGGGCAGUUGCACUGGAUGUUCCCCAAGCAUAUUCUCCUUCUGCAUACGGAACUUUCCGUGACAUAGAGGAAGGGCAGGAUUUUGAAAAACCAGGGGAGUCAUCUCUCACAAUUUCCAAAAAGAGGAGAGAAAGCUGGGAUGAUUUAGCAGGGCGUCUUUUUUUACACAGAUGAGUCCAGACGAAAUGGGUCAUGAAGUCUUUAAUUGGUCAAUGUCAUAUUCAUUUUUUCUUUUCAUAGGGUCCCUUAGGAUACAUUUGAUGCCUUGUAUAGGUUAGUAGGAUGGCGUUUGGUAGAGAACAGGCACAAGUUUUUGUUAGUUCACUAGUUGGAAUCAUGAAUGAUAGCACGUCCGGACCACAUCAGUUAUUAUCUCCAAGGGACAAAAUUUUGUGUGCCCAAAUAUCAGUACAUAGAUAUUUAAAAGAAUCAAAGUUCAGGUUUCAUUUACA